AUGGGUGAUCCAACGGAUAUUCCAGGAAUGACCGUUAAGUGGGCCGCAGUGAAAACUGUUGAUAUCAAUGAUACAGUUGACGAGGAUUUCAUACGAACAAUAAAAAGCUGGUCAUAUACUAGAAUACCCGUUAUCGGAAAACGUGAGAGGAAAGUCAACAGACCAGAUCAUUGGGAGGGAACUAAAAUCUUCGGGUUUUUACAUGUCAAGUAUCUUAUUGGUAUGGAUAUCAGAGCGAGCGAUGAUGGCGGUCAUACUCGAUUGCUUGUCAAAGAUCUACCUCUGAAUCCGCUACCCAUUGUGAAUGAAGACAUGUCUAUAUAUGAGCUUUUGAAUAUGUUUCAGUUAGGGAUAUCAAGGAUGGCUAUCGUCGUUGCCCACCCUUCGAAUGACCACAUCGACAACACCUAUUCUUCUCCAAACACUUCCUUCUCUUGCCUCAAAAUACCGCUUUGGAUGCCCUCUAAAUCCUCAAAAGUUCGAGUAAAGCUGCGUUCAGGGCGUUCAGGGGUUAACGGUGAUUGGACUGUCGAUUAUCUUAAAGCUGCAAAAGCGAAUGCUGGAGGACCCAAACGGCGGGCUUUUGGUAUUCGGUCUCCGCAGCCUAUUGGCAUUGUUACCUUCGGGGACCUCAUUGAUACCCUGCUCCAGAAAACAACUCGCAAUGAAAGUGGCUUCUUCGACCGCAACACAACCGUUCCAGCCAAGAGCAACAAAAUCAUUGACUAUGUCAUGGAGCGGAGCAGGGAAACAAUCGAAGAUGGAGGGAGGGAAGUUGCAGCAUCUGAGCGAACCAACAUUAAGGAGAGUACGACACGGUCAGAUACAGGCCAGGCAUCCAGCCAGGAUUUGACGCAGAAGGGGACAAUGCGUAGGCGCAACAUAUCCAAGAAGGUCAAAUCACCUGCUCUAGACGGAGUUACUGAUGAUAGCUCUGAUGGGAUACGUGCUGACUGCGUGGACCAACACCCUUUGCAGAGUGCCUACGGAGAAAGUUCCUAUACACAAAACAGUGAAGGCGGCUUCCAUGGUAACAAUGAUUACAGCCGCUCUUUUGACAAUGCGGUGGUACCAGCGUACGAUGGUAACCUGGAUAUUGCUGAUACUUCCCCGUCGAAUGAUGCUCAAAUCACGGAUUCAAUCGCCAAAGCUAGAACGUCAAGCUUGCCCUGCCAUAAAAGUAAUAGCAGGGCCUUGUCUGAAUCAUCGAAGUAUCCACGAAGACACUUUAGCGCUGCCCCGAGAGUGCCUCCACUUCGCCGUGUUACUCCGUUCUCAAAGCAUAGUUAUUCGAGCUAUGAGAGAAUCGCCUCUGUGGAAAUCGAGAGACAGGGCUUGCUGCUACAGCCCGCAGAUUUGGAAGAGGAUGAUGUUUCUGAAGCCAGUGACAAUGAAUCUUUGUGUGAUCAUCAAGUUCGAGAAGAUAGUGGAGAGGCGAACGUCGGUGAAGAUUAUAAUGAGGAGAUUUAUAACGCUCCUCUGGCUAUUUCAGCUGCUAGCGGCAAUGAUAUCGUUCCGUCUCCAACGCGGUCCAACCAGGCCAGCUCUCGGAAAUGCAGCUCUGUGGGAGAAUAUGAUGGAUUUCCUUCGGAGUUGCUUGACCCCAGUUACAACCAAGAAAAUCGGCUUCCUAACUACGCGCCGAAGACACUUCCGCGCAUAGAAGGUAGCAAAAGUAUCGCGAUCACACUUCGCGAUACGCCUGACAGUGACCUAGAUAACUCUAGCGAAAAAGUAUUGUUGCAGUCCACCCGCAAGGUACCCAAUAUUAACACGAAUUUCGAAGCUGGCAGGAGCUCAAGUUUAUGGUAUUAA